AGGCACCUGGGCCACCGCCCCUGCCGGCCCCUCCUCCCGCGGCCGGGAAGAGGAAAGUCGCGGCGGGGGCGCGGCCCGGCCUCCGUCCCCGCCCGCCCGCCGUCCCGCCGGCCCGAGCCGCGGCGCCCAGAGCUGCGAGCUGCUCGCCCCUCCGCCGCUCCGGCCCGGGCCGCCAUGUCGCUGUGGAAGAAAACCGUCUACCGGAGUCUGUGCCUGGCCCUGGGCCUGCUCGUGGCCCUGACAGUGUUCCAGCGCAGUCUCACCCCUCGUCAGUUUCUGCAGGAGCCUCUGCCACCCACCCUGGAGCCACAGAAGGCCCAGAAACCAAAUGGACAGCUGGUGAACCCCAACAACUUCUGGAAGAACCUGCAAGAUGUGGCUGCGCCUACACCCAUGGCCUCUCAGGGGCCCCAGGCUUGGGACGUGACCACCACUAACUGCUCAGCCAAUAUCAACUUGACCCGCCAGCCCUGGUUCAAGGGCCUGGAGCCGCAGUUCCGGCAGUUUCUCUUCUACCGCCACUGCCGCUACUUCCCCAUGCUGCUGAACCACCCAGAGAAGUGCGGGGGCGAUGUCUACCUGCUGGUGGUUGUCAAGUCGGUCAUCACGCAGCACGACCGCCGCGAGGCCAUCCGCCAGACCUGGGGCCGCGAGCGGGAGUCCGCUGGUAGGGGCCGAGGCGCCGUGCGCACCCUCUUCCUUCUGGGCACGGCCUCCAAGCAGGAGGAGCGCACGCACUACCAGCAGCUGCUGGCCUAUGAAGACCGCCUCUACGGCGACAUCCUGCAGUGGGACUUUCUCGACACCUUCUUCAACUUGACCCUCAAGGAGAUCCACUUCCUCAAGUGGCUGGACAUCUACUGCCCCCACGUCCCCUUCAUUUUCAAAGGCGACGAUGAUGUCUUCGUCAACCCCACCAACUUGCUAGAAUUUCUGGCUGACCGGCAGCCACAGGAAAACCUGUUCGUGGGCGACGUCCUGCAGCACGCUCGGCCCAUCCGCAGGAAAGACAAUAAAUACUACAUCCCCGGAGCCCUGUACAGCAAGGCCAGCUAUCCCCCGUACGCAGGUGGUGGUGGCUUCCUCAUGGCCGGCAGCCUGGCCCGGCGCCUGCACCAUGCCUGCGACACCCUGGAGCUCUACCCGAUCGACGAUGUCUUUCUGGGCAUGUGCCUGGAGGUGCUGGGCGUGCGGCCCAUGGCCCACGAGGGCUUCAAGACUUUUGGCAUCUCCCGCAACCGCAACAGCCGCAUGAACAAGGAGCCGUGCUUUUUCCGCGCCAUGCUCGUGGUGCACAAGCUGCUGCCCCCUGAGCUGCUGGCCAUGUGGGGGCUGGUGCACAGCAAUCUCACCUGCUCCCGCAAGCUCCAGGUGCUCUGACCCCAGCCGGGCCACUGGGACAGGCCAGGGCACGUGCUCCUGAGUCCCCAUGGUAUUGGGGCUGGAGCCGCAGUGCCCAGGCCUAGCCCUUGGUACCCAAGGGGAGGUGGAGGGUUGAGGCCUACGUGCCACUGGGUGUGGUGGGGUGCAGGUAGCCAGAAAGUGACCUCCCUGUAUGGAUAAUUCUAGGAAACUGAGGCCCAGGAACAGUUGGAGUUGCCCAGUCCGGAGGCCCUCUCUGAGGAGCAAGGUGCCAGGCCCUGGCAGCCCUCCUGACCUGGGUCCGUUGCUGGCCCCCUCAGACGUGGAGUGGGAGGUCCUGGUGACCUCUGGAGCAACCCUGUGCUCAGGUACCUGGGCUAGGCCUGACCUGAUGGGUCUGUGACCGCCCCUUGUCUUCACAGGGAAGAGUCUUCUGUGAAAUGCCUCAGUCUCCCCAGAGGCCAGGUGGCCCUGGCAGGAGAAACUCAACCCUGCGCAGGCUCACAGGCACCCAGCAGUCCACACCCUGGUCUCCUGGGAGAGAGAGCCCAGCAGGCUCUCCGCAGCCCCAGGCCUGCCUGGAGACGGCUGCCUCUGCUCCAGGGCCUCGGCUCCUGGCUGUGUCCUGUAAGGUCUGGAAGGGCGACCGCUCUGACUACCUCAGCACCCCUCAGAACCUCCCUGGGGCUGCAGUCCUACCCUACCCCGACACAGGGCAGAAGAGCAGUGCUCCUGGCCCCCCGAAGUCCCGGAGCUGCUGACCCCCACCCAAGGCGAGUUCCUCCCGCAGCCCCCACCAGCCCAGGCCUGGCUCCCUGGCUGGAAAGCAGCCGGUUUGGCCCUGGAAGUGGACAUUCCUCUAUUACUGUGAAGUUUUAUUUAUGAAGAAUUUGGAGGGAGAAGGCUCCAGGCUUCAGGAGGGGGUGGUGUCCUCCCUUCCCUUCCCUCAUUCCAGCUGCCUGCCCUCAGCACCCCCAGGCCCCUCACAGCCCAGCCCCCUCCAGAGCCCUGCCCCACCGCACCCUGCUUCUCCAGGGCCUAGCAGACCAGCAUCUGCCCGGUGAAGGGAUGGAUCAGCCGUGGGGGUGGGUGCAGAAAGUUGCCACCUCCUACCUCAGCGGGGGUCACCUAGGAAAGAUGGAGGGAUUGACACUAUUUUCUCAAUAAAAUGGGACCUUUUUUUUUUUGUU